GACAAGAAACUGGCUCUACUGAGUUUGGCUGCUCCCUAAAAUAGCAGUUGUGUGUAAAUGUGACUGAAAUUACGUUAAUGUUCCACGCUCACGGUAUCCAUUGGAGGCUCUGAUAUAGAGUAUCUAUAUACAGCGAGGGACUUGAGAGACAAGGACAUUUUUCCCAAGGAGGAGAAAUCUGCAGGAAGCUUAACGCAAGUGAGGGAAGCAUUGAAGGCUAAAAGAAGAGACAGACAGACAGGAGCUGGAUAUUCUUGGUCCGAUAAAGAGGUUAUCACUGCUUUGAUAGUUGGAGCCAGAGAGAGAGAAGAGAGAGUGUUGUACAAUGUGCUAGGAGAUAAGGAAGAAGACGAGCUCGGUAGUUUUUCUGAUAUUCUUGAGGUGUCAGAGAGACCGAACAGAACGCAGAGAUGGGACGGAAGAAGAUACAGAUCACCAGGAUCAUGGAUGAGAGGAACAGGCAGGUUACCUUCACGAAGAGGAAGUUUGGGCUAAUGAAGAAGGCCUAUGAGCUCAGCGUUCUAUGUGACUGUGAGAUAGCCCUGAUCAUAUUCAACAGUUCAAACAAACUCUUUCAGUAUGCGAGCACAGACAUGGACAAGGUCCUGCUCAAAUACACUGAGUACAACGAGCCCCACGAGAGCAGAACUAACUCUGACAUUGUCGAGAAAUUAAGAAACAAAGGCCAUAAUGACCUGUGUGCCAGUCCUGAUCCAGAUGACUGUUUUGGGCACAGCCCCCUCAUGGACGACCGUUUCGGCAAACUAAGCGAAGAGAGUGAUUUAAUGUACAAGCGCUGUGGUCCCACAGCGCUGCCCCAGCAGAACUUCUCCAUGCAUGUGGCAGUGCCAGUCUCCAACCAGAACACCAUGUCCUACAACCCAGGAGGCUCCAUGAGCAGCCAGGCCCUGGCCCAGGCCACAGCCUCUCUGAGCGACAGUGGGAUGCUCUCUCCAGCUCAGGCCUCCUUACACAGGAAUGUGGGCUCCAGUGGGGGCCAGCAGAGGCCCCCUAGUCAAGGCAAUGCAGGGAACGGCUUUGUCAACCCUAGGGGCUCUCCGGGACUCCUGGGCGCAACCAGCGGGAWCGGCCUGGGGAAAGUCAUGCCCACCAAGUCUCCACCGCCCCCUGGAGGGAACAUGGGGAUGGGCAACCGCAAGCCAGACCUGAGAGUGCUGAUCCCCCCGUCUAGCAAAGGCAUGAUGCCCCCACUGAACACCCACAGGAUAAGCAGCUCCCAGUCCCAGCUACUGGCCACCCCAGUAGUGUCUGUCACCACACCCAGUCUGCCCCCCCAAGGCCUGGUCUACUCAGGCAUGCCCACCGGCUACAACACCGAGUACUCCCUGAGCAGUGCAGAGAUCUCCUCCCUACAGGGCUUCGGCUCUCCAGGGCUCUCUUUGGGCUCCAUGUCGGCAUGGCAACAACAUCAACUGGGCCAGGCAGCUCUCAGCUCUUUGGUGGGUGGUGGUCACCUACCUCAGGGCUCCAACCUCUCUAUCAACACCAGCCAGAACAUCAACAUCAAGUCAGAGCCCAUCUCCCCACCGCGGGAGCGCGUCACCUCCUCUGGCUUCCCCCAACAGCAGCAGCAGCAGCAGCAGCAGCAGCAUCAGCAGCAGCAGGCGUCCAGCCGGCAGGACCUGGGCCGCUCGCCAGUGGACAGCCUCAGCUCCUCCUGCAGCUCGUACGAUGGCAGCGACCGCGAAGACCACCGGCCGGACUUCCACUCCUCGUCCAUGGGGCUGGGCAGACCCCCAGCCGGCACCGAGGACAACAGGGAGAGCCCCUCUGUCAAGCGCAUGCGCAUGGACACCUGGGUGACAUAGAGUCACUCAGUCAGGCCUCCAGUCACCAGCUAGUCAGACGGAGGGAGGGAGAGGGUAGACUUGGGGGAGAGAUGGAUGGGGUAGGAAAGGUCCUUAUAGUUAUCAUUAUAAUAUUAUUAUUUAACUCCAUUUCAUUUUGUAAGAAGGAGAAUGGCAAAUAAAUUAAAUACGUCUCACAUUAAUAAGAAAACCAUUCAAGUAGUUGGACUGAAUUAUGUACACAAACAGAUGUUAUCAGGUACUGGGUGCGAAUUAGAUGUUUGCAGGAGUCUGAUGUUCAAAGAAAAAAACGAAGAAAAAAAACGAAUCUAGAUUAUUGUAGUCACUGGUCUAGUCUGGCACUUGUAGUUGCUGUUUUUGCUGUUGUGGUUGCAAGUUACAAACAAUCCAAAAAGGCAGAGUGUUGCCUGCUGGCUGAGGGCCCCUGCUUGUGGCGUCCACUGUUAGAGCUCAUGUUUCACUACAUGGUGUAACCUCAUACGACUUUAAUCUCAUACAACUUUGUCUCAAUUUGUCUCUUCUAUUAACUUAUUAAAUCAAUAGAUGUGAAAUCAAAUUUUAAAACAAUUUCGACCUCCGAGACUAAAAAGAGUUGUUUUUCAUUUGAAAGAGGUUUCCCUUGUGUAGUUUUAGACAGGAAAAGCUAUCCUGUAUGGGAAGGACAUGGCUCAAAGUCAUGUGUUUAGUUCUAAAAUAAAUAGGAAAAAGUAUAUUGCAAUAAUAACAUUAAUUUUAUAAUCUGAUAUAUGGGACAUUAACAUUAUGGGAAAUUGUCCAGUUGAACUGGUAACAUGGUAAUAGCAAGAAAUCUUCUCAUUGCUCCAACAAUUCAUUGGUAAUGUAAGCCAAAGCUGUACUGUACGUUUCUUUCUGUUAUUUUGUAGCUAUGGUUUCCUAGCAAUUCUCUCAAAAACAAUUGUUAAUUUUAGUUUUGUUUUUACUGUGCUUUGUUACAAACAUUAUAAAGACAUGCAAGCCAGAUCUUGAAUCAAUAUCUCAAGCCAUGAACACUUGUGUUCUGUUUGUUAAAUUAAACAUUUGAGCCAAACACUUUCUUUUGUUAUGUAAAUAGCAACUUUAAUAUAUAUAUAUAUAUCACCUUGGUGUAAGUACGUAUGUAUUGUACCAUCACCAGAUUCAAGAAAAAGGUAUAUUUUUGUGGAUUACUGCCAUGUUUACAGGGCGAGAUCCUUAUUAAGUAGAUUAUUCACUGGUUAACAUUUACUAUUUUGUUAAUUAUACUGUACUUUCUUCAAAAUUGAAUUACUACCGUUAUAAUCAAAGUGGUUUUCUUUCCAGAGAGUAGUUUUUUGGGUUGUUUUCCCUUUAAUAGUGGUGAAUGUCUGUCCUUAACAAAUUGUAAUAACAGUGAUGUAAGGUUAAAGUUCCACUAUAUCUUAUGUUGUGAAGGAUAAUCUCAACGCUGAGGAAAAUAUGGUUUAGGGUUAGGCUAUUUGCCUGUAGCUGCUGAAUACACUGCCAACUUUCAAACCCAAGGUCCCAUCUCAGCAUUGAAAAACCAUCCGUUGUGAUUGUGCUUUGCUCGAUUGAAAGACAUGCCAUUUCAUGAACCAUGCCAAUAAACCUAUUUGGGUCGCUCCACGAAAAGAG